GACUUGGUGUGCAACAGCGAAAACAAGCCAAAGUACCGGCCUACGCGAGAAUUUCUUUUAUCACUGUAAAUAAAUACAGCUCUGCUCGGAGGAAAUAAUUCCAUCAAUUUAAACAGUGACGAUUCAUUCCAUACUGGAAAUAGUUUCCGCUUCGACAAGUUAACAAUCAGUGAAAGAACAAAGCAGACAGUAGUAGCGGUGAAGCGGACCAAGCUAGUUGGAAUAAAUCUUCCGGAAAAGAACGAAAAAUUAUCACACGUUUGAGCGCUGAGGAUCCAAAAUGUUCCUGUUACGACUUCUGUCCCGUCCGGCAGCCACGUCCAGCAAGACGGUGGCUAUCGGUGUUUUCGGUACCGCGAUGAUGGCGAUGAAUCUGCUUUCCACGUCCAGCGUACUGGCAUGCCCCUCGUCGCAGAACAAGCAGGCGUCCCCAUUAACGGCUGGAGCUACUCCCGGUUCGGUGUACGAUUUCAGUGCAGUAGAUAUCGAUGGGAACAAGGUCGAUAUGGAACGCUACCGGGGCCACGUACUGAUCAUCGUCAACGUGGCAUCCAAAUGUGGCUAUACCGCUAGGCAUUACAAGGAAUUUAACGAACUGUAUGCGGAAUAUGCCGACAAGGAAGGACUCCGCAUUUUGGCUUUCCCGUCCGAUCAGUUUAACCAGGAACCAGAUAGCAACGAGGAGAUCAAGCGCUUUGCCAGGGACAAGAUGGGUGCCAAAUACGAUCUGUUUUCCAAGAUUUACGUCAACGGAGAUGAAACGCACCCGUUGUGGCAGUUUCUGAAGCAGCGUCAGGGUGGAACACUGAUCGAUGCGAUCAAAUGGAACUUUACCAAGUUCAUUGUGGACAAGAACGGGCAACCGGUGGAACGACACGGACCGCAGACCAGCCCGCUCGAGUUGCGGGAGAAUUUGAAGAAGUACUUUGCGCAGUGAGGUGACGUAGAGGUUUUAUCUUAGAUUUAGAAGAGUUCCCAAAUAAAUACGACAGUGUAUG